AAUAGAAAGUAGAAAAUGCAUUCUAUUCGUUGUACCAUCUCCCGUAUGUUGGCGGUAGCAACGCUUAUUUUGGCGGUGGUUGUUGUUGCAGAGGGGGUAACAUCAUUUCAAUCAACCCAGACUACUGUCACCGAAAAGAAAGGUCUUGGAAAAAAGACGGAUAAGGUUUCGUUCCAACGACCUGGUGCCUUGAAACUUGAGCGACACGAGGAAAAUGAUCUUGUGCCACGGAAAACGAUCGUACAUCGUCGGCCUUUAUACAGAGGAGCUAUGAGCGCGAAAUCACCUCUGCUGCUCAAACGAAAGCCCCACCCAUGCUACUUUAAACGUUGCUACCUUGGCCAGAAAUGCGAAGUUGAUCAACGGACCGGCCGAGCAAGUUGUGUGUGCAAAAGCCAUUGCAAGGCUAUUAAGAAGCCUGUAUGCGGAACUGACGGCCUGUAUUAUGAAAACCAUUGUGAGAUGCACAGAGCAGCGUGUGUGAUCGGACAAGACAUUUACGAUGCUCGACACAAAGACUGCUUUUACCAACGAUCGACAUGUGAACUCCACGAUUUAGACAGCUUCCGUACUCGUCUCUUAGAAUACCACGAGGCAAAAUCUCCUUUCAGCCUCUCUGACGAGCAUUCUGAAGAUGCUGCUCCCCGGAGAAGAAGAAGGAGCACUGGAAGAUCCCACCACCAUCACAAGAAAGGAAGAAGGCAACCGACAGUGGAUCCAGUCGUUGAACCAACACGGAAAAUCAUUUUAGGAAGAUCGGAAAUGCUGGCAGAGGACGAAGUCAUGUCUGUACCGCUUGAAACAGUCGCAGAUUCAUUCGGGGCACCAAACGUGUCAGACCAAAGUACAUCUGAACUUCAAACCGCAAACGAUGAUAUUGUUCAAAUUGACAUAGACAGUCCGCCAAGUACAGAAACCCCUGCUACAGAUCUAAUCGAUGACCAAUCUGGCGGCGAAGAAAUAAGAAACGAUGAAACAUUGAAAGAGACAUCUAUCCAAGAGCAAAGCACUGUAGCUCCUGAAACCCAGGCUACCAACAUUAUUGUGUUCGGGGACGAUGGCCUCGUACCUUAUGAUGACAUCAUCACGAAUGACAUCAGAGGCGACGGCGUGAAGAGUAUAUUCCGCUUCAUGGACAUUGAUAUGGAUGGUUUUGUUGGUAGCGACGAAAUAUACCAGCUGUCGAUGUUGGAGGACUUGGAUUCAGUUUUCCCUCCACCUUGCUCUCUCUUCCAUCUCCUAAGAUACGGCGACCUCAACCAAGAUCAUGCAUUAGAUAUUCAGGAAUUGCUUAAGCUAUACAAUGUUACCGUCCUACAUCUGCCCGAGGAGAACCGAAUUGUCAACAAGGCGGCAAUAUACGGAGGUAGUGUCACGCUACAGUGUGGAAUACAAGGCGACCCGAAUCCAAUAUGGCGGCAUUAUGGAUACGACUUACAAGCACAAGGCGAGCCUAGUGUAGAAGUUGACGGCGACCAAAUGAUGAUUACACAAGUUACUCCAAGGCAUGCAGGCAACUACAGUUGUCACGCAAGGAAGCGACCAGACAUCGAACAAGUGAUUCGACUCUCUGUACAUGCAGCACCUCAAGUUCAGAUUUACCCACGAAGUCAACAUGUCGUAACCGGAAGCAGUCUAAGUGUUCUUUGUCACGUGAGGGGAGUCCCCCCACCCCACAUCACGUGGUUGAUGAACGGGGACGAAUUAGAAAUGGAAAGCGGAAGAUACGUCAUUAUGAGCAACAAUACGGAGUUGCACAUUAACGCUGCGCAGGAGUCGGACAGCGCAGCUUAUAGUUGCGUGGCAACCAAUCCUGCUGGUACCAAUGAAGAGAUAGGAGCUGUUUUUGUGGAAGAUUUGGUCGAACAGUCAGAGUACGCGAACGGAGAGAUUGCUGCAUUCUUCAUUUUCCAUGAACAUGGAAUUGUCAUUUUAGAUCCGAAGUCUUGUCAAGUUCUUCGACGUAUACAAGCAGACGAGACUUUGCCUGGUUUACUCAGACAGAACAAGCUAUGUCAGAUGUCAUUAGACGACGGUGUUCGCCACUGCAAUUGGUCCAGCGCUGUAGUAGUGGGAUCCAGGUUCGUCUACGUGGCACAGCCUCGAGAAAAUCGUGUCGUUGUUGUUGAUUUGCGACUACAGAGAGUUGUAGAAGUGUUGGCAACUGACCCGUUGCCCGUGGAGCUGCAUUAUGUUCGGUCAACAGACCAGUUGUUUGUCCACUGCUGGGUCGAUGCUACAAGGGAUCGAUCAAAUCUUCAAAUUAUCUACGCCGCCAGCGUUCCCGGGAUGCAUUUAGCGGCACAAAUACAACCUCUAGAUGGCGGCAACACUCUCGAUCUAUCUGUAUACAGUUUCUUCGUCGCGCCUGAGUGCCCGCUUAACACUCAGUCAAGAUAUGGUUACGUUCUUCACAAGGACCAACAGGCAAUAUACAUGUUAAACCUUGCCACAUUGUUGUAUGACGACGUGGUGAUUAACCUCGCCCCACAAGCAUGUACACCAAGGAAGUUGUUCUACCAACAAAUUGGAGGUCGCUUGCAUGUCACGUGUCAUGCCCAGGAAGGGGAACUCCCACGGACACUCACUGUCGAAUUAUUGACGGGAAAGGUGGUGAACGCCAUGGAGGAAACCGACUACGAUACCGAAUACACUUCUCGGGACGGACAACAUGUGCUAAGAGUCUACCCACACAAACAACAAGUUAGAGUCUACAAUGUGACCACAACUGGAGACUUAAGUGAAGCCAUUGUGUUGCACACUAACUUCGCUGUGUCAGAUGCUGCGUUCGAACAGCAUCAUUCUAACCUACGACAAACAACAGUAUACAUUUCGUCAGCGGCGCAAGCAGAGGUCAUGCACCUGGACGCUGGAACAGGUGACGUGGGAGUAAUUGACGGCCUCACUCGACCACUACAAGUGGAAAAGUUCCCAUGGAGCGACCGAAGUAGAAUGUUGGUAGCAAGUUCUUGGUACGACCGCCAUGUUGCAACAGCCGGCGAGAAUGGUGUUGACGUCAUAAAUGCUGAAACAAAAGAGAUUUCUUGUCGCCUUCAUGACGUCACAGAUGCGAUGGCAGUCACGUGGGUUGAUGGACGAUGAAAUAGCAUGGGGUGUUUUUGAACGAUUGUACAGCAGUGUACUCUGGUUGUUAUGUUGUAAAAUGUAUUGACUUUUUUCUCUAUUUAUCUUACUGUUAACUGUAAAAUUGUAUAAGACACCAAUUCGAAAAUUGCUGACAGUACCCGUAAGUAGAAGUUGGCCAUUUUGAGAAGUGUUUAUGACAAAACUUCAUUCCACAUUUAUGAUCUGUAUCCUUAGCACAAAAAACGGCUGAAUCUAUAAAUCUCUUGACGUUGUACAUAUACUUGAUUAUAUAAGCGCUGCACAAAACUUGAAUAUACUAUUAGAUGAACGACGACAA